UAGAAACCGGAGGUGCGCGGCUACGGCUCGGAAUCCGAGGUUGCGGCGGCGCCGCCUCUUCCCUCCCUUCUCCGAUGGCCGCCGCCGCCGCCGCCGUUCUCCGCAUCCCUCCUCCGCCGCUGAUCCCUCCUCUCCGGCGACUCCGAUACGCGAGCCCCCGCCGCUCCCAUCCGAGUCGACUCGUUUCCUCCGCCUCCGCCGCCGCCGCCGCGCGCUUCGCCUGGGACGACGCCCUUACGCUCGCCGCCGACGAAGGCGGCGGCGCCUCUUCGGAUCUCCGAGGGUUCUUCGAGCGGGUUCGAACCUGCAAUCGCGGAUCCGAGUUGAAGUCGGAGUUCGUUCCUUUCUUUGUCGAGGAGCAGAUUGUGGGAUAUGUGCAUAAGGGCUUUGUCGAGCAUCUAAGAAAGUUCAAUGAUGUCAUUACUGUUUCCCUGGGAAACAAUGGCCGCAAUUUUGGUGAGCAUAUCACCCUUCAUCCAUCACUUAGAGCACCAGAUGAUAGAACCAUAGCAGUUGGAAACAUCAUCAAGUGUUUAGGAGAACUGAUUCCAGGUAUUCGAAAUGAGCUGUACCCAGUCACAUCAUCAUAUGGGAUGCCUGUUUUCUUCUCUUUAGAACGUGCAGCUGCUCCUUACUUUGGUAUAAAGGCUUAUGGAGUUCAUAUGAAUGGGUAUGUGGAGAAGGAUGGCCAAAAGUUUCUUUGGAUUGGUAAGAGAAGUGAUACAAAGCCUACAUUUCCAGGAAUGCUUGAUCAUCUUGUCGCUGGGGGCCUACCAUAUGGGAUCACCUGCAAGGAGAAUGUUAUCAAGGAGUGCGAGGAGGAAGCAGGAAUCCCAAGAUCUAUUUCAAAUAAUGCCAUUCCUGUUGGGGCAGUUUCUUACACAGAUAUUGAAGGCUACAGGUACAAAAGGGAUGUUCUUUUCUGCUAUGAUUUGAGACUUCCUGCAGAUUUCAUUCCCAAAAAUGAAGAUGGAGAAGUAGAUAGCUUCAGAUUAGUCCCUGUGUCUCAUGUCGCAAAUAUCAUUCAAACGACAGAAUUCUUCAAGCAAAAUUGCAAUCUUGUGAUCAUCGACUUCCUCUUUCGUCAUGGGUACAUAAAUCCCGACUCCUGCGGUUAUUUACAGCUUCUGCAGAGCUUAAGGAGCGGUGACUGCUCCUGAUCCUCCUCCUUUCUCAUUGAGGUUUAGAUGAACUUUUAUGCAGAUAAAAUUUUCAAGUUAUGAAUUUUUUUUUUGUUUUGUUUCAAAAAAAAAAAAAAAACUUCUGUUUUAGUUUUUUUUUUAUUAUUAUUAUUAUAGCUUAAUAUGAAGAUCUGAAGCAGAUAACAAUACCAUGAACCUUCUCUUGUCACAAUACCCGUUGCCGGAAAUGCGAAAAUGCUUUUGCAUAUCUAUUCAAUAAUCUA